ACCUUGGUUGUUUAGGCUCCCUGUUUCUUGGUAGUGAGAAAGCAGAGAGUGUAAAAAAAAUGGAUGCAAUAUUCAGCUGCAGGCUGGAGGAUAUGGAAGAUUAUUAUAGCUUGCUGGGAUGUGAUGAAUUAUCUACAGUUGAACAAAUCGUUGCAGAGUUUAAAGUUAGAGCUCUUGAAUGCCAUCCAGACAAGCAUCCCGGAAACCCUCAGGCUGUGGAGAAUUUUCAGAAGUUGCAGCAUGCCAAAGAGAUUCUUUCUAAUGAAGACAGCCGAGCCCGCUAUGACUACUGGCGAAGGAGCAAAAUUGCUAUCCCAUUCCAGCAGUGGGAAGCCCUGAGCAACUCGAUGAAAACAUCAAUGCAUUGGGCUGUCAGAGAUAAAAAAGAACCAAUGUUGGAUGCUCCCGAUUCAAAUCGUAAUGACAAAAUGGCUGAUCAUUUUUCGCUGAAGACAGAAAUCGACAGGGAUGAUUUAUUCCAAGAUAAAAAGGAAAUGGAGGAUUUUCAAAUAUUUGAUGGGAAACCAAUGUCACCAAAGAGCCCAGAUUCGCCAGAUCCAAAUUGCUGGCACCUGCGUUUUCGUUGGUCGGGUGACACUCCAUCUGAACUUCUGCGGAAAUUUAGAAAUUAUGAAAUAUGAAGCAGAACAUCAAAUACGUAUGAAGGAUGAAACGUGUUGAAUGUGGUUUUCACUGUUUCAAUAUUUUUGUAGAUGUUUAUUAAAGAGCGGCUGCUUGUAUGUGUAUAUACACUAUAUGUUAGAGAUGUGCCUAACUUUGAAAAUGUUUCAAAAGAGGUCCUUCAGAACAUGCUUCAGAACGCAUGCAGUGUAUGCAAGGAAACCAUGUAGCUGAUCAUCUUUUUUCAGGUGAACUACAGAAAAGAUGUAGCUGUUUUAAAACUUGCAUUCGGAAUUGGAUCUU